AUGACGGCAAAUAGACCAACUGGUAUGGGUUAUCAAACAAGUCUUCAUUUCAACAAAGUCGCAAAUGAAAUUAUUAAUUAUGCAAAUUCUUUAUAUGAAUAUGAAGCCUUGACUCCAGCAGAAGAUCGGCGACAUCAUUCUCACAGCAGAGUAAGAACUAGUGCUGAAAAGCAUCGAACCAAGGUUAAUGCUACACGACCACCUACAUCCUAUCCAGCACAUGUAUCGAGACCUCCAUCAUCAAGCAAUCGACGAAGUGUUUCACGUAGCUCUCGAUAA